CCGUAAACUUCUCUACUGCUGUGGUCCAUUUUUCUUUCAUUCAAAAAUAAUUUCUAUUUUCUGGAACAAAUAUCAACGCAAAGCAUCUCUGAAGCCCUAAGCGCUUGAAUUUCGGCUUCAAUCGGGAAUCUUCCGUUGAAUCCUUCCUAGGUACCGUUGAAGCAACUCUUCUGAACUUGUAUCUGUUUGGAUUGUAUAUGGUUACUCAGCUGCAAAUAGUCUUUGGUAGGGAUUGUCUGAGCCAAACAAAGAGAUGCAGGCUGUUGGCUUUCAGUUGGAAUGAAGAACUUGCAGAGCAAACAAGACGUAAAACCUUCUACUCAAGAUUCCAUUGAACCAAAAAGGGAACAGCUGAACAAUGAAACAACAGAUGUCCCCUUAGCAGACACCGGUUCUUUAUCCGCUUCAAGCAACAAUGGUCGAAAAGUUUCACGCGAAGAUAUUGAACUCGUCCAGAAUUUAAUUGAACGAUGUUUACAGUUGUACAUGAAUAGAGACGAGGUUGUCAAAACCCUCUUGACUCGAGCAAGGAUAGACCCUGGAUUCACAACAUUAGUAUGGCAGAAGCUGGAAGAGGAAAAUGCUGAUUUUUUCAGGGCCUAUUACAUAAGGCUGAAGUUGAAGAAGCAAAUCCUUUUAUUUAACCAUUUUCUUGAGCAUCAAUAUCAUAUGAUGAAAUAUCCUGUACCUCCAAAAGUUCCUCUGGCCCCAAUACAAAAUGGCAUUCAUUCCAUGCCCGUUAACAACUUACCAAUGGGAUACCCUGUGAUGCGACCUCCAAUUCCAGCUGCAGGGCAACCCCAUCUUGACUCUAUGGGCAUAUCAAGCUGUCACGUGGUCAAUGGAGUCCCUGCACCCUGCAAUUUUCAACCUAUGCAUAUGAAUUCUGGGAAAGACAUGUUGAUGGACAACAAUGCCGCUGAUGUAAAACCUGCAGUUCCUCCAACCAAUACCAUAUCAUCUGUGUCAGAGAUGCCUGUGAGCCCUACAUCAGUUGCAUCGAGUGGGAAUUUUCCCUUCGCCGCAUCAGACAUGUCAGGGAUGGGAGUAGAUACAUCGGCACUUGAUUCAGCCUUCACAACAGAUGUGGCAAGUUCAGUGGGGUUGCAGCUGGGACCGGAAAAUGGAACUGGGAAUUCUAGAGAAUCCCUCAGAUCAUUGGAUCAGAUUCAGUGGAAUUUCAAUCUCAUCGAUCUGACGGUAGACUUGUCAAACUUGGGAGAUUUAGGAGCCCUUGGGAACUACCCGGGUUCUCCAUUUCUUCCCUCUGAUUCAGAAAUGUUGCUUGAUUCUUCAGAGCAAGAGGAUAUAGUGGAGGAGUUUUUUGUUGAUUCCAUACCCGACCAGCCAAGCUCUCCAUCCGAUGAAGAUAAACCGUAGCCGUAGACCAAGGUGAGUCCAUACCUUAUCUUCUUAAAACCGUUAUAGUCGGACAGAGUUUGAUCAAUAAGAACAACAUUUGACGUAUAUUCAGUAGGCAGUUUGUAUCUUUAGCAAGAUCUGAACCUUUGAGGCAGCAUAAUUUUAUAGCUUGUUCAUUCAAAUGGCAGUCGACAGACAAGAAAGUAUCCAUAUUCAUCCAUAGUAGUAAUUUUCGUAGAUUGUUGAUACAAGACUAUUUAAUUAU